UCGAUAAGAGGACAAAUUUACUUCCACGGAUAAAAACUGCGUUCGGCACUGUUGGGAUUACUUUCAUUCAUUUCACCUCUGAGCACCGUGCGUUGAGUCAGCCGUGCACUUCCCAUACCACCUGUUUCAUGCAUGUUGUGCACCAGGUUUUGACCUGCAGUCCCACCGAAGGAAUAUUCCAAAGCCAAGGGUGCAGUUUUGGUCGGAGUUCUGGUCGGAGUUUCGUGCCAUGGCUCUCAACGUCCCCGGUUUGAUCGUAAUGCUGGUGUUUUACGCGCUGGUCCUUCUGACCGGGAUAUGGGCCGCCAGAAAAUCCAAGAGGGAGGAGAGGAAAACGACGGGAGAUAAGACAGAAAUAACUCUCUUAGGAGGCCGGAGUAUCAAUCUGCUGGUGGGAAUUUUCACCAUGACGGCUACCUGGGUGGGUGGAGGUUUUAUCCUGGGCAUUUCAGAGGCAGUGUAUAACCCAAAAAUGGGUCUGAUUUGGGCUCUGAUGCCCCUGCAGUAUUCCCUGUCCUUUGUACUUGGGGGGCUUGUGUUUGCCAAGCCCAUGAGGGAGAGGCGGUACGUCACGAUGAUAGACCCGUUUCAGGAGAAAUACGGACGAGUCCUGAGCACCCUCAUCCUUAUCCCUGCUAUCAUUGGUGAUAUCCUUUGGGUAGCCUGCACGCUCAUUAGUCUAGGUUCCACCGUGAGCGUGAUCCUGGACUUGCAGUAUUUCUACUCCAUCGUCAUCUCGGCGGCCGUGGCCAUCGUGUACACCCUUCUCGGAGGGCUUUUCUCCGUGGCCUACACAGACGUCAUUCAGCUCCUGCUCAUAUUUGUCAGUUUGUGGCUUUGCGUGCCCUUCCUCUUGCUGAGCCCCAUCCCAAGUGACAUCACAGUGACAUCAUUUAACCACACCCACCAGCCCCCUUGGGUUGGUGUCCUGGAGGUGGAGGAUGUGUGGAGGUGGCUGGAUGAUUUUUUAGUUCUGGGUCUUGGGUGUCUCUCCUUCCAGUGUUUCCACCAAAGGACCCUUUCAGCGUCGUCUGUGGCGAAAGCCCAAGUCACGUGUUUUGCGGCAGGGGUGGUCAUUUUGAUUUUAGGGGUGCCCCCCAUAUUGGUUGGAGCGGUUGCUGCUUCCACUGACUGGAAUCUAACAGGGUAUGGUUUGCCCUCUCCAUACGAGCGUGGGGACACCAGUGCGAUCCUUCCCAUAACUCUACAGUACCUCACCCCCAACUUCAUCUCCAUCGUCGGGAUCGGAGCUAUCGCUGCAGCCGUCAUGUCCUCCACUGACUCCGCCCUCAUCUCCUCCACAUCCAUGUUCUCCUCCAAUAUCUAUAAGAAAAUCAUCCGGCAGGGGGCCUCAGACAGAGAGAUGCUGUGGGUUAUCAGAAUCACUGUUGUGGUCGUUGGUUUAGCAGGGACAGGUUUAACGUUUUUGGAUAAGAGCGUGCUAGCUUUUUGGGUUUUAGGAGCAGACAUGUCUUACACGGUCAUCUUCCCCCAGUUGGUCGCUGUCCUCUUCUUCCCCAUCUCCAAUGGUUACGGGGCGGUCGCAGGGUACGUGCUGGGGGCGUUGAUACGGAUACUGAGCGGGGAACCACUGCUUGGUAUGCCACCUCUCAUCCAUUUUCCAGGUUCCGGACUGGUAGACGGCGUUUACGUUCAACGUUUUCCCGUCCGCACGGUGGCUAUGCUUUUCUCGUUAUGCAGCAUUCCUGUGUUCUCCUUUCUUUUCAUCAAAUUCUUCGGAUGGGGUCUGCUCCCGAAGAGCUGGGACGUUUUCGAGGUAAACAGGAAAGCGGCGACGUCAUCACGCACCAUCGAACGUACGCUAACAACAUCGCCAAAGUCAGAAGGUUCUCCACAGCCAGUAACGGACGGUGAAGAAGUGGAGAUGUCGCCGCGAGACACAAACGAGAGUUUGGACGGCGAAAAGCAGCGCACAUCACCAAACGUCGCCAGCGUCUCCUCAGAGCCACAGGUUGAAGGGGAACUUGACGAGCAGCACCUGGUUUCACAACAACUGAUAGGCACAAGACUUUAGGUCCCAGAUUGACUGAAAAAACAAACAAACAAACAAACAAA